AUGGAGUUACCACUGACCGUUCAUGGCAAUAAAUAUGUCACUGUAUUUAUGGACUAUCUGACCAAGUGGGUUGAAGCAUUUCCAGCUGCAGACGAAACCAGUGAGGCAAUAGCUAUAUUACUUGCUAAUGAGAUAAUUUUUCCACAUGAAGAUGUCUAUCCAUUCACAGGAAUUGAAAAAAUCAAUACUACUAGCCAUCUACAGAUGGACAAAUUGGUGGAAAUUAUGGACAGGAUCCUUCACGCUAUGAUUGCUAAGUACAGCUCACUACAAGGUGAGAAUUUGGACGAAUACUUACCGAAACUAUCAUUUGCUUAUUGUACCAUGUACCAUGAGAGUACCAAGGAAUUGCGUUUCUUCCUACUGUAUGGGAGGGAUGCAUUAAUACGUGGUGAUGAAGCGCUAUCUCACAGGAGGCAUACUGGUAUGGUUGAUGUAGACGAUUACAAAUCUGAACUGAUGAUUAGUUUGGCCAAAGCAUGGUAUAUCACCUGGAGCUCAAUUUCUAAGGCCCAGAAGGCUCAAAAGAAGCAGAAUGAUAAGGAGGUCCGAGUAAAAGCCAUCUGA